AUGGCCAACGUCCAGGCCGUCCUCUCUGCACUCCAAGUCUUCAGUCGUGCGCCAGAGAAAGCGGCGCUCGACCAGGCGAACACAUGGCUGCAGGAUUUCCAGCACUCUUCCGAUGCCUGGGCAACCUGCAAUGUCCUCCUGCUCUCCCCAGAGGCCCCUCCUGCGGCUAAGAUAUUCGCCGCGCAGACGUUCAGAACCAAGGUUACAUAUGAUCUCGGAGACAUGAGCACCCCGGACCUCCUGCAGCUCCGGGAGACAUUGCUCAAGGCUUUGGAGACAUACCACGCCGGUCCCCGCAACAUCCUCGUCCAGCUCUGCCUCGCCAUCUCCGGCCUCGCGCUGCAGCUCCCCGCUUGGGAUGAUCCUGUGCAGGAUAUGAUCGACGCGUUUGGGCGCAACCCGGCGACGGUUCCAGCGCUGUUGCAGUUCUUGACGCUGUUGCCGGAGGAGGUCACCACGAACACGAAGAUCCCCAUCACGGACGACGAGUACAAGGAGCGGGCUGCGAAGCUGCUCACAGCGAACGCAACAAAAAUCACAGAUCUCCUUGCGAUGUAUCUCCAAGCAUCAGGCGUGACCCUCACCGUCCAAAUUCAAGUAUUCAACGCUCUCAGUAGCUGGCUUGCCGCAGGCGAGGUUGUGGCGAUGUCGCUCCUCAAUUCACCUUUCAUCCCGUACUCCUUCCAGGCCCUCUCCUCUGACGACCUCUUCGACUCGGCGGUCUCGGUGGUCUGUGAUCUCAUUCACGAGACACAGGAAGUUGAGGACAACAUGCCUGUGAUCGAGCUUAUUGUCCCUCAAGUCAUCGCACUGAAGCCGAAGCUCACGGAGUACAAGGAAGACCCGGAGAAGAUCAGAGGCCUCGCGCGCAUAUUCGCCGAAGCUGGAGAGGCGUAUCGCAGCCUCCUGUUGCAUCACCCGGAAACCUUCUUCCCUAUAGUAGAGGCCAUCGGGGAGUGCUCUGCAUACUCUGACCUCGACAUCGUGCCGAUCACGUUCAGCUUCUGGAUGCGGUUGGCUCAGAGCAUCGGGAAGAGGCCCUCGGUAUCGCCGCUCUUCCUGGACGCGUACCGGGCCCUCAUGGAUGUGAUCAUUCGCCACCUGCACUUCCCAGCCGACCUUGCUUCGCUGACCGGACAAGAGGCGGAGAACUUCCGCUCGUUCCGCCACGUUAUGGGCGACACCCUCAAGGACUGCUGCUAUGUUCUCGGGACGGAGCAGUGUCUUCUGGCCGCGUACGAGCGGAUCACGCUCGAGCUCUCCCGACCGAGCGUCUCCUGGCAGGAGAUCGAGGCGCCUCUCUUCGCAAUGCGGUCUAUGGGUGCAGAGGUUGACCCCAACGACGACAAGGCGGUCCCGAAAAUCAUGGAUCUGAUACCCUCGCUUCCUCCGCACCCUCGUGUUCGCUAUGCUGCGCUCCUCAUCCUCUCCCGCUAUACUGAAUGGAUCAACAAGCACCCCGACUACAUACCCUACCAGCUCCAGUACAUUUCAGCAGGUUUCGAGGAUGCGGAUCAAGAAGUCAAUGCCGCCGCAGGACAAGCCUUGAAGUAUCUCUGCCAGGAUUGCAAACGUCAUCUUGUCGAGUUCCUCCCCCAGCUGCACUCUUUCUUGGCGACCAUGGGCUCCAAGCUCGUUCAAGAUGACAAGGUGCAAGUUUACGAGGCGAUUGCGUACGUUAUCUCUGCCAUGCCGAUGGAGCAAGCGGCGCAAUCCCUCCGCACAUUCUCCUUGGACAUACUCGGGCAUGUCCAUGCAUUGGCCUCGAAGACGACUCCGGCUACUAAGGAGGAGUUGAUUAAUAUCACACACGACCUCGAAAACCUUGAGGUGAUGCUAGGCGUGAUCGGGUCAUUCGGGGAGCAGCUUCCAGUGGCAUGCCAGAACACUCACCAAGAAGCCUGGGCCGUCUUCGAGCCGUUCCUGAUCAAGUAUGGCUCUGAGUACUCGAUUUGCGAGCGGACGACCCGGGUGCUCCGCCUUGGGCUCACGUUCUUUGGUCCUAUCACACUUCCUAUACUGCCAUCGGUUUUGACGAGGAUGGUGACUUGCUUCGAGACCACCGGGUUCUCUAGCUAUCUCUGGAUGGCGGGCAAAAUUGUUGGACGCUUCGGGAACGAGGAAGAUCCUGCGCUCCGUGCGGCCUUCAAGGAGGUUUACGAGCGGGCGUCGAACAAAUUGGUUUCGAUAUUGCAGGAGAAGAUGCCCCAGAUGAUACCCGACGUCCUAGAGGACUAUCUGCAGAUGCUCCUGCAGAUGAUAGAAUACACACCCGACGUCUUCUUCCCCUCCCCUGCCUUCGCUUUCGCGUUCCGCGUGGCGAUGGCUUCGCUGACUCUCGUACACUCUGAUAUUGUUUUCGCCGCACUAGACCUGCUCCGUACGAUCUUCACCCAUGAAUGCCUUGCACCCCCAACCUCGCAGCCCCCGCCGCCCAGUUUCCCCAUCUACGCUGCUGCGGUUCGGCCUGUCGUCGAGCGGGAAGGGCAAGAGCUAAUUGGCUUGCUCUUGUCUGGGCUCGUCGGCGACUUCCCAGAAGAAUCCAUUGCGAUGGUCGUGACUAUCUUCCGUGUUCUGGGCGCGAUCUGGCCGACCCAGCUUCAUGCUUGGCUGCCGGUGGUCGUACAGCAGCUCCCCUCGACCGUUGCGCCCGACCAGGCGAAGUCCUCCUUCCUGGCCGACAUCAACAGCUCAAUUCAGUCGGGCGAUGUGGAGAAAGUCAAGUAUGCGAUCAGGAACUUGCACCGGGCGUCACGAAAAGCACGGGAAAGGAGGCGGGCGGGUCCGUUGGAGGGCUGAGCGUCGCGCUGUACGGUAGAGCAGUUCCGAAAAUUGUAUACGUACGAGCCGAGAGUCCAACUGUAUUGCAGUAUCCC